UGUCAGAGUGAACUCUGUUCUGCAGAGAUGUCCACUACUGUCUCCGUCCAACACAGGACAGCAGCAGGCCAAAGAAGAAUAUUUUAAUGUGGAUGAUACAGCUCGGACUAAAACCGUCACUGCUCCGGCCCAACGUGCUGACGUGACCAACAAAACGUACGCUGACCCAACGGAAAUGUUCUGGUGCUGAGUGUGAGAUGUAAAACGGGGUCAUGCCUUUGGUAAAGAGGAACAUUGAGCCUCGCCACCUGUGCCACAGUGCAGUGCCUGAUGGGAUUGGCAACGAGCUUGAAUGUGUGACCAAUAACACGCUGUCCGCCAUCAUCCGUCAGCUCAGUAGUCUGAGUACACAUGCAGAAAAUGUUUUCGGGGAGCUUUUUAACGAGGCUAACACCUUUUAUGGGCGUGCCAACUCUCUGCAGGACCGUAUCGACCGCUUGGCCGUCAAGGUCACCCAGCUGGACUCCAGCGUGGAGGAAGUCUCGCUUCAGGACAUAAACAUGAGGAAGGCAUUCAAAAGCUCCACUGUUCACGACCAGCAGGUUUUGUCAAAGGGCAGCACGCCCAGCUCGGUGGCUGAGAUGCACAACCGCAGCGACAGGCCUCCUCCCCUCGAUGCCCUCACUGCCUACAGGGAGGAUUCUACAAAUGCGAUGAACUUCUACUCCGACCCCUCGUACUUCUUUGAACUGUGGAAGGAGAAAAUGCUCCAGGACACCGAGGAGAAGCGGAAAGAAAGGCGGAGGCAAAGGGAGCAGAAGCGAUGUGUGGAGAACAGCACCCUUCAGCGCGAGGUGAAGAAGGUGAGAAAGGCGAGAAACCGCAGACACGAGUGGAACAUGAUGGCCUUCGAUAAAGAGCUUCGUCCAGAUCACCGCCAUCCACAAACUCUGCGCAGAGGGGCUUCGUCUGAGGGCUCGCUCUCACCUGAUGGCAGGCCUGACCUCCCAGACUACCCCAUCCCUCCUGUGCCUGCCCACGCUGCUUGCAAUUAUGCCAAGUCACAUAAUAAGCCAUCCUCGUCACCACCUGUGGAGCAUGAAUACCACAGCAUUGAUGUCAACUACAAGAGAGUGACCUACGACACUGCAGAGCCCGUCACUCUGAACGGCUCAUCGCAUCCACCUGCAGACUACCACUCGCAUCCUCCACCUCCUACCUCAGGCCCACCCAUCCCCUCAGCACAGACAGCCUUUGGUUUCCGUCCGGUUGCACUUUCACCAACGCCACAUAAUGGAGUUUCACAUAUAGGCCCAGGCUACCCGCUCCCACCUGUACCUCCUCCAGGAAUACACAUGAUGCCUCCUCCUCCGGGUCCCCCUCCUCCUCCUCUCCCCCCCCCAGCUGCACCCUCACACCUUGCAGGACGCAGCGACGGAGGAAGAGGGGAGACAAAACCCGUGAGAGACGCGAGGAGCGACUUGUUGUCCGCCAUUCGUAUAGGCAUCCAGCUGAAGAAAGUCCAAGAGCAGCAGGAGCAGCAGAACAAGCGCGAGCCGGUGGGGAACGACGUGGCCACCAUCCUAUCCCGUCGCAUUGCGGUGGAGUACACUGACUCGGAAGAGGACUCGGAGCUGGAUGAAAACGACUGGUCAGACUGACCAGACAAAAAAGUACAGCAUCUGAUUCAAAACUGGCUUCAGUGGAUUUUCAGUUCAUAUAAAGCUAAACCACUCUCUUUGGCUCCACCUGGUGUGCUGUACAUACAAAUCCACUGUGGGCAGAGUAUCCAUAACCUCAUCCUUAUUGAUUCAAACUGCAAUCGAUGCAGUGUAAGCUUCAAGUUUUCUAACUUUCAUAACCUGCCAUACGAUAUGUUCCCAUAUAAUGUCUCCUUAUAACCGACACCAUUGACCACACCUUACCCCCAAAUGUCACCCCAGGCCUGAAAUACCCCAGUAGAAAAGCUCAGGUAUAAAUAAUAAAGUGAUUGGCUAAAUUCCAUGUAGCUGCUUCAGUUUCAGACUCCUGGUGUUGUGCAUCAUGUGACACAUGGCUUAGACUCUAAUAGAGUCAUCAUUACAGUUUUUAGAAAGAUCUGGGGGGUUUCCAAUUUUAUCAAAUCAUAAUGCCUGCAUACCUUUUGUUUAUAAGACGAUGCAGCAAUAUUAAAAAAAAAGCUAUGAAGUUAUUCACUUUUUUCUUUUAAUGAAAUAAAUUGCACAUCCCGUAUAAUAUGUUGCAUUAAACAUAGUCAUCUUUGCAUUAUGUCUUUGAUAAAGAACUCCUUGUGAAAUUGUGUAACUGCUACCUCAAAUUGUGUUCAUUCUCAAUCGGUUUGUGCAAUAGGGUAUCAUGAUCAGUAUGUAAAAAGUUUUGCUCUGCAAUUAAAUUAUUUGUUGUGAUGUGUCUUUGAAAAAGUGGACCUGUCAUUAAAUCUUUUCAUUAUCAGCCAGAAAAUCGUGUCUUUUUUUUUCUCUUCAAUUUCUUCUUAUUCCUCAUCCUUAUCUUUUUGUUUAAGGUUGUGUAUGUAACUGAACUCUAGUGCAGAUAUGCAGAAGCUUUUCACUGUGAAUCCAGACAAUUGGAUGGUUUUCUUUUUUGUACAUGUCAGG